CGGGUCUCUCCAGGCAGAGGCGCCGCUGCGGAUCCGAGACGUGGCUCCCGGCGGAGAACCAUGCUGGACUUCGCGAUCUUCGCCGUCACCUUCUUGCUGGCGUUGGUGGGCGCGGUGCUCUACCUCUACCCGGCUUCCAGACGGGCUGCAGGAAUUCCAGGGAUUACUCCAACAGAAGAAAAAGAUGGCAAUCUUCCAGAUAUUGUCAACAGUGGAAGUUUGCAUGAGUUCCUGGUUAAUUUGCAUGAGAGAUAUGGGCCUGUGGUCUCUUUCUGGUUUGGAAGGCGCCUUGUGGUUAGUUUGGGCACUGUUCAUGUCCUGAAGCAGCAUAUCAACCCCAAUAAGACAUUGGAUCCUUUUGAAACCAUGCUGAAGUCAUUAUUAAGGUAUCAUUCAGAUGGUGGAAAUAUGAGUGAAAACCACAUGAGGAAAAAAUUGUGUGAAAAUGGUAUAACUAAUUCUCUGCAAAGUAAUUUCUCUCAACUGCUGAAGCUUUCAGAAGAAUUACUAGAUAAAUGGCUCUCCUUCCCAGAGUCUCAGCAUGUUCCCCUCUGCCAGCACAUGCUGGGCUUUGCUAUGAAGGCUGUUACGCAGAUGGUACUGGGUCGUACAUUUGAAGAUGAUCAGGAAGUCAUUCGCUUCCAGAAGAAUCAUGGCACAGUUUGGUCUGAGAUUGGAAAAGGCUUUUUAGAUGGAUCACUUGAUAAAAGUACAGCUAGGAAAAAACAAUAUGAAGAUGCCCUUAUGGAACUGGAAUCUAUUUUUAAAAAAAUCAUAAAAGAACGAAAAGGAAAGAAUCUCAAUCAUCAUAUUUUCAUUGACUCCUUAGGACAAGGGAACCUCAGUGACCAACAGAUCCUAGAACACAGUAUGAUAUUUUCUCUGGCUGGUUGCAUAAUAACUGCAAAAUUAUGCACCUGGGCAAUCUGUUUUUUAACUACCUCUGAAGAAGUUCAGAAAAAACUCUAUGAAGAGAUUGACCGAGUUUUUGGGAAGGGACCUGUUACUCCAGAGAAAAUUGAGCAGCUCAGAUAUUGUCGGAAAGUGCUUUGUGAAACUGUUCGAACUGCCAAACUGACCCCAGUUUCUGCUCGGCUUCAAGAUAUUGAAGGAAAGAUUGACAAAUUUAUUAUUCCUAGAGAGACUCUUGUUCUUUAUGCACUUGGUGUGGUUCUUCAGGAUCCCAGUACUUGGCCAUCACCAUACAAAUUUGAUCCAGACCGGUUUGAUGAUGAGUCAGUAAUGAAAAUUUUCUCCUCACUUGGAUUCUCAGGCACCCAGGAAUGCCCAGAGUUGAGGUUUGCAUAUAUGGUGACAACCGUACUUCUGAGUGUAUUGGUGAGGAGACUGUGUCUACUUUCUGUGGAGGGACAAGUCAUUGAAACGAAGUAUGAACUGGUAACGUCAUCCAGGGAAGAGGUCUGGAUUACUGUCUCAAAGAGAUGCCAAACUUGUAUUUAACUCUGUAGAGGAAAAUAUGUAUUCAGAAAAUACAUAUUGAAUUCCUUUAUAAACCAGGUAUAAAUGUAUUAUAGAUAUACCUAUUAGUA